AUGGUUAAUAUUGAAAUUUCUCAGGCCAUAGAUCCAUCUACAUCAACGUUCGGCAUUAUGGAACGACAGCCCAGCUUGGAUCGACCCCCCGAUGAAGAGAUCCUUAGAGCUUUUGAGGAUGUUUUGGUACGUUUUCAGCCAUUUUUGUUCUUUUGUUUCUUUAGAUUGAAAGAAUAUUAUUUAUGAGGGUAGAUUAUGACGAAUUUACUGAAAUUCUGAUGGUUCGAUGUUGAGACUAUCUUUAUUCCUUACUUAUGUCAAAGAUGGCACCGUAUUUUAUUCUAAAAUCACAAAAAUUCAAGUCUAACGUGACUGGAAAUCCUUUUGAUGAGUGUGUUUUGAUUUAGAGUCCACUUUUUGAUCUUUCUGCGAAAAACAAGGUCCUUUUUACAGAAAUGCAAAAAAUUUUCUCAAAACAUAAGAAAGCAAGUAACCUUUGACGUCAGGUACCUAAAAGAAUUUAUAACUUCAGAUAUAAAGUUUAAAAUAAUCCAAUUAGUAUUAGGGAUAAUAACAAGGCAAUCUUUUCUAGUCACAAAUGGAUUUACAACCGGAUAAAGUGCGGGAUUUGAGGAAGUGCGACAUUCAGAAGAAAUGGAAGUUGGUCAGCGAUCACAGGAAGAUGUAUCAAGUUGACGAGCCUUCGGUUUAUUUGGAUAAACUGAAGGUCUUAUUGGAUAAGAAAGCGGGUAAAAAGGUAAUAUUUUAAUAAUUUGUCGAACCCAAUCAGCUAAUUUCCAUGAUUGAGUAUUGAUUUUGAUGUCUAAAAUAAUGUGAAUUUUUAGAAAAAGAAGAUCGGAGCAUCUACAACUGAUGUCCUGAAGCAUAUUGAGAUUUCUUUGAGGACAAAUUCCAUUGAUUGGGUGAAGGCUUUUUUAAAUCCCCCUAAUAAUGGUCUCACCGUCUUGGUGGAGUAUCUCAUGGCACUGGAGGAUGAGAUUUUCAGUGGAUUCGAGUGAGUUUUCUAUUUUUAUCAUCUAAUAUAACAAAAUUUAUGGUCUUAUUUACUGUCAAAAAUGCUUUCUUUUAGUGCAACUGAGCUGGAAGAUGUCCCCACAUCCUCCUCGGCGUCUCAUUCUUCGGGUGAGCCUCUAAAUGCCACAGGGGAAGAUCUCUUCUCCACCACCCCUAUCUCCCAACGCAUUCUGAACUCGACCAGUCGAUCCGCGAAAAGUCUCAAUUCAGCACUUUUAGUGACAAAGUCGGCCAAAUCGGCCAGUAAGAUGGCUCCUCAAGCCUCGCUGGAUCUGGCGUCUAGCCAAACGGACGAUGUUCAUGUUCUGGUCAGUUGUCUCAGGGCGAUUAUGAAUAAUUCGCAUGGCUUCAAUCGGGUAUUUUUCGAAGCCAAUGCGAUUUAUUCGUUGGUCAGAGCAAUUUUACACAAUAAUCUGAGGUAAGCGAGUCUUUUCCAUAUGGUAUACUUUGUUUAGAUGACAAAAUUUAGGUAAUAACUGUAAAAAAUUUAUUCUUCAGAACGAAAGCCUUGGUUGUUGAGCUUCUUUCGGCCGUGUGUCUCGUCGAAGGUGGGCAUGAGAAAGUUGUGGAUGCUUUUAAUCGGUUUCGCCUCGAAUACAAGGAAAUCCAUCGAUUCAAAUGCCUACUUUACCUUUUCCGAAAUCCUCCCGAAUUUCAUGUUGACUUCAUGGCUGGCUGUAUGCAAUUUAUUAAUGUCUUGGUCCAUUCUGUCGAGGACGUCAACUACCGUGUCUAUCUUCAACAUGAAUUUACGAUCCUUGGUCUUGAUGAUUAUCUCAAGGUAAGUGUAGUAUAAUAUAUACAUGUUUUGCGCCCCGGAUGUUUUUUAUUUCCCAUUUUUGUAGGAGUUGGAGGAUAAUGAAGCCGAACAGCUCCAAACCCAGCGUCGCGCUUACCUGGACAACCGAGUUGUGGUCGAGAAAUUGAUGCAUGAAGCCGAUCAACUCCCAGAUCUCAAACAAAGGAUCGCUGAUACCCAAAUGGAGCUCUCGAAUAAACGAGAGGAGUAUCAAAAGAAUUUGGCUGAUAUCAUGGAACAGAACAACAAAUUGUUAAGUCAGGUUUCGAGAUUAGGAGCCGAGAAAGAACAACUCUUGAGGGCAACUGAAGAAAAAGAUAAAACACUGACAACUUUGGAAAGGAAAUACUUUGAGACUAACAAAAAAUUGAACAAGGUAGAGACGGAUCUGCAGUUGGAAGUGGAAAAGGCCAAGAAAAAGAUUGAAAGUAAGAUUUUCCAAUAUUUUUUUUAUUGUUUGGCAAGAGAAAGUCGUCAUGGAUCUUGAAAUUAAUAUUUUAUUUAAAUUUUAGCCGAGUUAUCGAAAGCCGCAACUCGCCGAUCCCAAUCUCGGGACAAGGCCGUUGGAACAAGCCCCAAGACAACACAUCCACCUCCACAGUUGACGACGGAAAAGUCCGAGGAAAGGAAAGAAGAGGCUGCAGCAACUACAACAUCAGCUCCCCCGGCUCCAGGACCCCCACCACCUCCGCCUCCACCUCCACCACCCCCUGGAUUCCUCAAUCCGGCAAAUAUCAAGAAACCUCCAGGAUCCGGACCUCCUCCUCCACCCCCGCCUCCACCAAGUUUGAAGUCUGGAGGUCCUCCAGGACCCCCGCCACCGCCUCCUCUAGCUGGAGGAAACAAAUCAUUUCCUAGUAUGGGGCCUCCACAACCACAGAAGAAAGUCGCUAAGAUCAAUGGGAAACUUCCAGCUUUGAAUUGGACAGCAAUGCCACCAAGAGUUAUCAAGGAUACGAUCUUCAAUAAUUUGGACGAUGAAAAAUUGGCUGAUGUAAGGUUUGAUUACUAUUUUUAUUUCAUUUUACUCUAUUUUUUGGUUGAAUUUUAAUGCCUUAGCUUUUGUUGACAGUUGUACCUAAAUCUAUAUUGUUUUAGACAUUAAACUUGGAUUUCUUGGAGAAAAUGUUUGGCGAAGACCAAAACAGCACCGAUGAAGAGAAGCUGCAUGCCAAUGGACCUCCAUCCCCAUCAUCAAUCGCCUCCUCGACUCCUUCAAAUGUUGGCCAGACAAUUCUGGACGCAAAGAGACUUCAAAAUAUUGCCAUCACUCGGAGGCGGCUUGGAAAAACAAUUGUUGAGGUAAUGGGAGCCAUUCAUCGACUUGAUUUGAAAGCCUUGUCCUUUGAUGAAGUGGAUAUUCUGCUGAGAAUCAUGGCCAACGAAGAUGAAAUCAAACUCUUCAACCAAUUUGCUGCUGAGAAUGAUGGGAUUGAAAAGCUGUCCCUGGAUGAACAGUUUAUCUGGAAGCUUCAUAACAUUGAAAGGGUCACAACGAAACUGAAGUUAAUGGCGUUUAUGUCGGAGUACGAGGACACGAUGAAGAGAAUUGAACCAGAAUUGUCCAAGGUCACUAUGGCUUCGAAGUCAGUAACCGAAUCCAAGAAAUUCCAGCAAGUUCUCGAGGUGUUACUGGCCGUGGGGAAUGCGAUGAAUGUGGGAAGGAAACGAGCUGUGGCUUAUGGAUUUAGAUUGUCAACCUUGUCCAGGGUAAGGCUUCUAUAGGCUUUAUUGGUUUUGAACUUUUUUCCUUUCGUGUGGUGCCAACUAAUUCUUGUUUUUUAAGUUGACGAUGCAAAAAUCGCAUAAAGAUAACGAGAUUACCAUUCUGCAUGCACUGGCUGAUGCUGUUCAAAACGUCCGGCCGGAAUGCAUGGACUUUACAAAGGAAUUGGCAUUUGUUGACACUGCAUCAGGCGUCAGUCUCAGCAGUUUGGAAAUGAUGUGCCGAGAAGCGCAGCAGUCCUUCAAGAUUGCGGAAGCCGAAAUGCAACGAGAGAAUCCUCCAGAAACCCUCAAAGAGUUCGUUGCGGAAGCCAAACCACGGGUUGAUGGAUUGGCCUCGGCUUUGGACCUGGCGAAAAAGGAGUUUGCACGGUGUGCUCAACUGUUUGGUGAAGAUCCAAAGACUCAAUCCCCGGAAGAAUUUUUUGCUUUGAUUAACAACUUUGCCAAGAGUUUUGACAGUGCUGCAGAUCAGUUGAAGAAGAAGAGACAAGCUCAGGAAGAUGCCAAGCCAAAGAUCAGUGUCGUCCAAAGGAAGCCACAACAGAAUGGAGAUGAUAGAAAGGACGCUGGAGUCAUGAAAGAACUGCAGAAUAAAAUCGCUAAUCGAAACUCGGGCAAGGUUCAAUCGAGUCAGAUUGAGGAUGGAGAUUUGGAGCGAAUUAUGAGCAGUAAGUUCUCUUUUUUGUUGGUCUGUUUUAGACAGGAUAAUGAUGUUACCUUCCAAUAAUUCUUGCAACUGGUAUAACAAUCUACUGUAAUAAUACAUUUUCAGACUUAAAAGACGGUUACGUUGCCUCUGGCAAGUCAAAUGGUGGCCCCAUACGGCGCGCCGUUCGUCCCCCACCUCGACAAAAUCCCCCCUCGAAUGGCAGUGCCGAACACACCCCAUACAAGGAGGUUAAUCGUGAACGACAACACUGA